AUGGGUGCCAAUGAAGCUUCUCUCGAAGACAAGAUCGCACCCGCUCCAGCUAGCCCAGAAUAUCUCAACAGCUCUUCUGCGGAUUCUGCCAGUCUGGAUGAUGAAUAUCAACUCUACAAGCGGAGUGAUGUAGAAGAUACCGACCAUGUCGAGGCCAAAAAGGUCCUGCGCAAGAUAGACCGCCGUGUCAUACCAAUUCUCACUCUCAUCUAUAUGAUGCAAUAUUUGGACAAGAAUGGUAUCAAUUAUGCUAGUGUUUAUGGUUUGCAGAAGGGCACCCAUCUCCAAGGGCAAGACUACUCAUGGCUCGGAUCCAUAUUCUAUUUCGGUUAUUUAUGGGCACAAUAUCCGGCAGGUUAUUUUCUACAGAGAUUCCGGAUUGGCAAGGUGAUUGGUGCCACGACCAUAGCAUGGGGCAUCAUUCUCAUCACAACUCCGGCUUGCAAAAGUUUCGCAGGAAUUGCUGUGAAUCGAUUCCUUUUGGGUUCGUUCGAAGCAGUGGUCAAUCCAGGGUUUGUGCUCAUUAUGAGCAUCUGGUACACUGCUGCGGAACAACCCUUGAGAUUGGAAUCUUACUACUGCACUAACGGUGUCGCGACCAUGUUUGGAGGACUCAUCGGCUACGCCGUUGGCCACAUCACCACAGGACUUCCACGCUGGAUGUACGUUUUUCUGAUCUUCGGCUCAAUCAGUAUCGCCUUGGGCAUCGUGGCUUUGUUAUUCCUUCCGGAUCUUCCAUCUACGGCAAGAUUUUUGAGCGAUCCCGAGAAAGUCAUCGCCGCGAAAAGAGUUUCGGCGAACCGACAAGGUAUCAAGAAUCGACACUUCAAGAAAUACCAGAUGUGGCAGACAGUUAGAGACCCCAAAACAUGGAUAUUGUUCGUGAUGGCAGUUGGUGCUCAAGUUCCAAACUCUGCACUCACGCAAUUUACAUCUAUCGUCAUCAAGUCUUUCAACGUGGACACUUUGGGGACUCAGUAUCUUCAAAUUCCCGGAGGUGCUGUGCAAUUCCUCGCUCUUCUAGGAGGUGGAUUUAUUUGCUCCAAGUAUCCCAACACCCGCUGCAUUGCGAUGAUCACAGCAAACACAAUCUGCAUUAUCGGCUCUGGCCUCCUUGUAGGACUACCAAACAGUAACAAAUGGGGUCGUUUAGUUGGCCUAUGGCUGUGCUACUUUCAAGGUUUAGGUUUCAGUAUGAGCCUGACUAUGGUCAGUUCUAACAUAGCUGGCUACACGAAGAAGCAGCUGACCGGUGCUAUUCUCUUCACUGGAUAUUGUGUUGGAAACAUUAUUGGACCUCAAACCUUCAAGGAUAGUGAGAAACCAGGAUAUCACUCUGCCUAUGUGGCCAUGAUGGUGGGCUACAUCAUCAAACUGCUUGCCAUCAUUGUUCUCUACAUCUACAUGUAUCUGGUCAACAAAAAGCGAGAUCGCGAGGCUGCAGCAGCAGGCACAGUUGAGGCAGAAAUCGAGAAAGCCGCGAUUGAAAGUGGCAUGCAUGAUAUCACCGAACUUGACAACAAGGGCUUCAGGUAUACGCUCUGA